AGUCUUGCACAGUUGUACCGGCUCCUCCCCUUCAGUCUUGCACAGGUGUAUCGGCUCCUCCCCUUCAGUCUUGCACAGGUGUACCGGCUCCUCCCCCUCAGUCUUGUGCAGGUGUACUGGCUCCUCCCAUUCAGUCUUGCACAGGUGUAUCAGCUCCUCCCCUUCAGUCUUGCACAGGUUUACCGGCUCCUCCCCUUCAGUCUUGCACAGGUGUACCGGCUCCUUCCCUUCAGUCUUGCACAGGUGUACCGGCUCCCCCCUACAGUCUUGCACAGGUGUACCGGCUCCUCCCCUUCAGUUUUGCACAGGUGUACCGGCUCCUCCCCUUCAGUCUUGUACAGCUGUACCUGCUCCUCCCCUUCAGUCUUGUACAGGUGUACUGGCUCCUCCCCUUCAAUCUUGCACAGGUAUACCUGCUCCUCCCCUUCAGUCUUGCACAGGUGUACCGGCUCCUCCCCUUCAGUCUUGCACAGGUGUACCGGCUCCUCC